AUGUCAACAAUAGAGUUUGAAUUGGAGAAACAUGUUAAACACUUUAAGAUGUGCUUAAAUGCACUGCCAUCACCUUAUAGUAGAGGAAUGGUCAAUCAUAUGUCUUUAGUAUACUUUGUUGUAUCUGGACUAGACCUACUCGGAAGACUUGAUACUGUAUCAAUACCCAAACAAGAUAUAAUCAAUUGGAUCUACACUCAUCAGGUUCAACCAAAUGUCAAUGCACCAGAUGAGAUGUAUAUUAAUUGUGGAUUCAGGGGAGCAAACUUCCUUGGCCAACCAUUCAACUGCAGCGAUUGCAAUUUUACUCCUUUGGCGUGUGACUUCUCAAGCUUGGCCAACACAUAUACAUCAUUGGCAUUACUUAGAAUACUUGGAGAUGAUAUGAGUCGUGUGAAUAGAGACGCAAUAACACGUUCAAUCGCCGCCCAACAGCUGCCCGACGGCAGCUUUGUCGGCACACCGCAGGCUGGUGAGAGCGACAUGCGCCAUCUGUUUGCCGCCUGCGUCAGCUCAUUCCUCAUGUCCGAUUGGAGAGGCGUCAACAAGGAUGCAGCGGUUCAGUAUAUACAUAAUAGCCAGACCUAUGAGUACGGCUUUGCUCAGGUGCCCGGACAGGAGGCACACGGAGGCUCGACAUACUGUGCACUGGCGUCACUCGCGCUGAUGGGCAGGCUGGACGAGCUGCGCAACCGCGAUCGUCUCAUUCAGUGGCUGGCCAACAAGCAGCUCACAGGCUUCUGUGGACGCACCAACAAGGAUGCCGACACGUGCUAUUCAUUCUGGGUGGGCGGCUCGCUCUCCAUCCUGGGCGAGCUCCACAACGUCAUUGACAAGACGCUGCUCUCUGGCUUUGUGCUGUCUGCACAGCACCAUGUCGUUGGAGGCAUUGCCAAGGUGCCUGGAAACACGCCCGACCUGCUUCAUUCAUAUAUGUCACUCAGUGGUCUAAGUCUACUCGGAGUUGGCAAUCUUCAGCCACUCAACGCAGCCCUCGGCAUCAGUCAGCGAGCGGCAGGUCAGCAAUGGAAUGACAUUCUAAAUGUUGGAACUGAUGGACAAUGUAAUGUACAUGGUGGUGGAUGU